UUUUAAGGGCCUACUUUUAAUCCAAGCACGCCUACUCCUUUUUUAUUUUUAUUUUUAUUUUUUUAAAUUCUUUUGACCGGAUUGCGCAUUAUUUCGAUCUGCCGCUCUCAUCUCGUCGACGCCGCUUCUCCGCUAUCGACACUGCUAUCCUUCUUUCGCGUGGAUGAUCUUGAUGGAGAAGCCGGCGGAUGAAAAUUCGCAGCACUUAAUAGCCUCUUCCAAUGAUGCUGUUCACGACCAGGAUAACAUGGCCCCUGCUUCUAUAAAUCACGGAGGCACGAAAUUGGAGUGUGAGUUUGCAGAAGAAGAAGUGAAAGGCAUACUUGAAGUUAUUGCAUCCACCGGGAGAUUCUGGCAUGAUUGGUACAAAUUGAAGAGCGUGCUAUCCUUUCAGCUGAAGCAGGUCUUGUUGGAGUAUCCUGAGUCAAAAAUGACUAGUGAGCAGCAAAAUGUUUCUUUAGGAGAAACCUACCCCGAGCUUGCAAAAAGGUUGGAUGAAGCUCUUCUUAGCUUUGUUGAAGGUCCACCAUUUACCCUGCAGAGGCUCUGUGAGAUUCUAUUGGAAGGGAAGAGUAUUUAUCCAAGUCUCUCAAAGCUUGCUUUAGCACUAGAGAAGAAUUUGUUGGUGACGUCUAUGAUUACCAUCUCUACUGAUCGGUAUCCACAAUCAACAAUGCAAAAGCCAGAUGAGCCAGAGAAAGCAAGCGAGGAAACCGAGGGUCAUACUGAUUCAGCGCAAAAUGGGGCUGAACCUGUGGGAGGAGACAAGGAUGAAGUAAUGACAGAUGUAGAAGAGGCUGAUAUAGAUGAUGAAAUGACCAUUGACAUGGAAGCCUUUGAAGAAAUAGUUGGAGAGGCAGAAGCAAAAUCCGAAGCAACUGCAUCCGAAGCAACUGCUAAUUCUUAGCAUAUAGGGGUUUUAUUUUGCUUUAUCGAAUGCCAGAGUUUCUACGGAGCUCAUGGCUCCAUCUGUUUUUCUGAUUCAGUAGCGCUGCUUAGGUUCCUGAAUUUGAGGUGGACUGUGGUCGGCCGAGCGUAUUCUGGUUCUUAGGGGAUUACUUUCCUUCAAUUAAAUGCCAAAGUUUUCCUGA